GCAUUCCAGCAGCCUCGUCAGUAUCAAAACAUACCAGUUUAUUACAGCAGCACGGAAGUCACAAUUCUUCCCCUUUGUUAAACUCUUUGGUUUGUAAUGGCGAUUGACUGAAAGGCUCAUCUUCAUUGAAGGCUGUUCACGAGCUCGCACGACCGCUGUAGCCCACCAAACCCAUCUCACCUGGACGCGCGCGCGCGCCAACUUUAGCGAUGGAGCGUAAAUUGGGCCACAGGAGACAGGGGAGCAUUGAGCUGUUAGAGGCGAUUGGAGUUGUAAAUGAGAAUGGCAUUGUAAACCCAUCUAUGCCACCAGUGCCACCCCCUCUGUCAUUCGAUUAUGUGCUGGUUGCAAAAAACUCUGAUGAUGAGGAGAAACACCACAGUGGGAAACAGAUAGCUUUUAUUGAUGCUUUGAAAGCCAAGAAAUUGAUGAUACGUAAAUUCAGAGAUGAUGAAAAGGUGUAUUUUUGCAUCAGAGCACCAAAAGUGAUCUUUGAGACAUACAGGUAUCUCCUAAAAGUGUCUGAUGCCUGUAAUUGGAGUUGUGAGCAGCAGGGUACAAUACCGCAAUCAACCAGGAUUCGUAUUGUUGAUUUUAUACUGCAUCACACCAGCAUUAAUUCAGACGGUGUAUCAGAAUAUCUGCCAGAUCUCAUGAAACAAAACGUUUUUGAGACUCAUUUCUGCUUACAUGAGAAAAAAGACCAAAGGGAGCUGAAGCAAACCUGGGCUCGAUGGUCCGCUUGUUUUCGGGGACAGCCAAUAACCAACGUCAGGAACUAUCUUGGUGAGAAGGUGGCACUCUACUUCCUGUGGCUGGGUUGGUACACAUUCCUGUUGAUUCCUGCUUCUGUGAUUGGUCUCAUAGUUUUCUUAUAUGGCCUGGCCUUCUUCAGCACAAGUCCUCUUAUACAGGAGGUGUGCCAUUCGGACACAAUCAUGUGCCCUCUGUGUGAUAAAACAUGCAAUGUGUGGAAGCUUUCUGACACCUGCAUGUAUGCAAAGGUGAACCUUCUAUUUGAUAAUGAGGGGACAGUGGCGUUUGCCAUGUUUAUGGCAGUGUGGGCCACCGUGUUUCUGGAGUUCUGGAAACAUCACCGGUCCUCUUACGUGUCUGCAUGGAGAGUCUUUGACUGGUGUGAAGAGGAGGAGGAGUUGAUACUGGAGAUUGUGAAUAAUGAACACUGUCAACCCAAGAUUCAGAGACAUUAUUAUCUACGCUCUGCUAUAGUUUUGGUUUUAGUCACACUCAUGUUGUUGGUGAUCAUUGGUUUAACUCAUGCCCUGGUGGUGUUCAGAGUUAUAGCAACAGUACUGUUGGCUGAGCACAGUUCCUGGAAGGUCAUUAGUGAGAACUCACAGACAGUUGCCCUGAUGCUCGGAGCUGUGCUUCACUUUCUCACCAUAACUGUCAUGACUCGGGUGAAUUGUAAAAUAGCCAUGAAGCUGACUGAAAUAGAGAAUAAGUACUCUCAAGCCUCCCAUGAAAGGGGCUUCACUGUGAAGAUGUUCAUAUUCCAGUUCUUCACUCUCUUCUCCUCUCUCAUUUACACAGCGUUCUUUCUGGGAAGGAUUAAUGGUCACCCUGGAGGAUAUGUAAGGAUAUCUGGCAGGUGGAGAUUGGAGGAGUGUCAUCCAAGUGGCUGUCUGACAGAUUUGUUCAUUCAAAUGUCUAUUAUCAUGGUGCUUAAGCAGACCUUCAACAACAUCUUUGAAUAUUCUGGCCCCUGGUUUAGAGGCUGGUUAAAAAGAAAAGAAACUCAGAAGCUGAAGAGACGUUGUUUUAAAUGCUAUAAAAAGGAGUGUAUGCAUGCAGUAGUAGGAUCUGAACUGUGUGACAACUGCAACCUUGAAAACCUUUACAGGAACUACGGACUCCAUGAAACAGAUUGUUUCAGCCUCUUUAACGAGUUCUUGGAAAUGGUCAUACAGUUUAGUUUCACCACUAUAUUUGUGGCAGCAUUUCCUUUGGCUCCAUUGUUGGCACUUCUAAAUAACAUCAUUGAGAUUCGACUGGAUGCUAUUAAGAUGGUCAGUCUUGAACGCAGACUAGUGCCAACAAAGGCAAAUGAUAUUGGUGUCUGGACAGAUGUGCUUGAGGCCAUUGGUGUUCUUGCCGUCAUUGCUAAUGGACUGGUCAUUGGUAUAUCUUCAGAUUUUAUUCCACGCCUGGUUUACCAGUACUACUACGGGCCUUGUGCCAUCAGCAAUACUACAGGCAUUGACUGCAUGGUUGGAUACAUAAACAACACACUGUCCACAGCCAGUAUAAAAGAUGAGAGUGUCCGUAAAGAUUUCUUAUUUAAUCAGAUGAUCACUAACAGCGGCAAAAUUGUCACACACUGCAGCUAUAGAGACUAUAGAAGUAACGAAGACUACAGUUUAACAAAUCAGUUUUGGGUUAUUCUGGCGGCACGAUUAGUCUUCAUCAUUUUGUUUGAGCAUGUUGUGGUGAUCUUUAAGUGUGUAGCAAGCUGGUUUGUCCCAAACCCACCACUGGAUGUGAGAAAUGAAAGACGCUAUGAUAAACUCAAACGGUUGAAGGAAGAACUGAGAGCACAAAGGUCACACCAGGACACUUUCACCAAACAAAAUGAACAUGAUAAUGAUAUAAGAACAUUUAAACAGAGAAAAACGAACAAGCUCAAUAGUAUGUGAGCCACACCUUAAAGGGAUGUUUCACCCCCAAAAUGAUAAUCUGUGUCGUUCUAAACCUUGACUUGUUUUCAGAACACAUUUUUUGGAGAUGUUUUUGAUGACAACCGGAAGGCUUCUAUUUGUCCCAUUUUUCAAUAAUAAUAUUAUAAAGCGAUGAGAACACUUUUGUGCGCAAAGAAUACAAAAAGAAUGAUUAUUCAACAACUGGUUUGAUUUAGUGCGCGUUCAUGAGCAAACUACAGCGCAUGCUGCUGACGUCACCUGUUGACGUAUUUUUCAGUGUACAGACACAGAAUAUGCUGGCAAGUUGUUUGUGCAUUUAAACUUGAAAAAACAAAAACAUUGGCAACUACGACUGCAGACCUCAGAUGACCCUGGGAUAUAUCUGCUGGGAUGCCCGGAGUGGCCAGUUGGUGGAUGGCCAGUGCACAACCAGGUCUGGAACCUCUGGAUCUGGACUGACCUAACCCACAUACCUAACCUCAAUGUUAAUAAAAUCUUAAAUCAGUGGUUUUUAAAGUACAACCCUACCUAUCCUAAACCUAAACCCAACUUUUCUUCCCAUUUAUUUAAGGACCGUCAUGCCUACCCCUGCUCUAACCUAACCCUAACUUUCUAAAAAUCCUAACCCUAAUGGACUCAAAACUUUCACCAACAUGUUUGGUGCCCUCAAAAUAGUAUGCAUAGAUGUAAAUUUUGUAUUUAAAAAAGCCUCAAGUCUCUACUAUAAAUAAAGAUAUAGAGAAAAAACUACUCAAGGUGGACAAGGUUUUGGUCGAGUUUUACCCCUAAAGCUUCAUCAUUUCUUCCCCUAUUUAGUGCCCUUGUGUUUGCUGUCCUGUGCUGAUUUGUUUUGUCUCCAUGGUCUGUCAUGUCAUCAUGUUUUCUGUUAUGCUGAGUUUGUUUGUUAUUUUGCCCCCUCUUGAGCUUUCAUGUUUUUGUCAAUAAAGUUUUGUUUAAAAAAACA